AAAAUUAUCAAGCAAACGUUCACCAAGUGUGGAUCCCGCCCCGGCUCACCAUCCACAAACCAGUUCCUGGCCGCUAGCCCCUUCAUAGUUUCGCUAAAAUAUAUCCACCGGAAAACAGAAAAUCAUGCUUUGUGCCACCGCCGCCGGUAGCUUAUUAUAUUCUCCACCCGCUGCUUACUGCAAUCCUAAUAGCAAAUUCCCUUGCCUCUCGUCUAGAAUCUCCAGUUUUAUACUGAACUCGCCAAAGCGGUGGAGAUGCAGAGCCAGUCUAAUUACAACCUCCGACUCGUUUGAAGUCGGAGCACUCGUCGGAAGUUACGGCUUCAUGAACGUUACCAGAUUUCAAUCAGGCAGCGAGUUGAGCUAUUCGCCAAUGGAUCUCCAACAGCUGAAAGUUCAAGAUGUUGGGGAAGGCAGUUUCAAAAUCAAGCUUUAUGAGGGAAGAGUAGCUCAGGGAUCACAAAGGGGAACUCCUGUUCUGUUUAAGGUUUAUCCGGGCCAAAGGGCUGGUGGUAUCGAGGCCGAUAUGAUGGCUGCAAAUGAGCUCAGUGCUCACUCUUCCCUUCAGAGCUCUGCAGAAGGUAUUUGUAAGAAUCUAGUGCAUCUAAUAGGAGGAUUUGAGACGAAAACUGGAGAACAGUGGCUUGCUUUUCGCAAUCAUGGGAAAUAUAGUGCAGCAGAUUAUGCAGCACUGACUAGCAAGAGAAUCUCACAAGGCUCUUCUUCACGAGAAAAGUCCUGGAACAGCUUUCAACAACAGAAAGAUAUGGAGUAUAGAAGAUACUUUGUUAUCAGGAUCCUUCAAGGUGCUAUAAGUGGUCUUGCCUUCAUGCAUGAUCAUGACAGAUUGCACCAGAGUCUUGGGCCUUCUUCUCUCCUUCUCAAUACCAUAAGUGAGAAAGACGCCGGUUAUCUGAUUCCACGUCUCCGAGACUUGACAUUUUCUGUUGAUAUGAGCUUUGACAGUAUUUCAAAUCUAGAAGGUGCACGAACACUCUCAGAGAGUCUGUGGAGAAGGGCUACUGCUGCUGGUGCCUUCACGGCUCUGGAGAAACGGGCCUUUGGAAUUGCCGACGACAUUUGUUUCUGCAUAGAUAUGCAGCAGGUCUGCUUUUGGCAUACAUGGCGUUCGUUCCAUUCUGUGAAGCAGGUAUCAUGGAUAGCCUUUCUUUGCAGGUAUAAAAACAGCUGUGUACUUUCCUCUUCUUUGACACAUCACUUGGGGAGUUGCUCAUUUGUUGAUCCGUUCAUCUGUCCACAGAGGCUUUUGGAGAAUACUUUUAAACUCGAUCUUGAAGCUACAAGAGAAUACUGUCUUGCGGAUGAUCGCUUGGAAGAAGCCGUGAAGUUUCUGGAUAUCGGCAAUCGGUCUGGUUGGGAAUUACUUCAGGCGAUGCUGAAUCCAGAUUUUCGACAGCGUCCGACUGCAAAGGCUGUGCUCAACCACUCCUUUAUGAGUGGCUCUCUACUUUAGAGUUCCAAAAGGCACCCUAGCUGGACACGGCCACGGUGAACUUCAUACUUCCUGUCUACUUCCUUGGCAAUGUAUAGCAACUGGCUGUGCUGUAUGUACAUUGGGGAGGACGAUAAGUAAUGUAGGUCGAGGGAAAGGUUGGUUGGAAAUUUGUGAACAAUCUUAAGGCUGUCAAUUGAACCAAACCUGAAAAAAUAAUCAACAUAGAACACCGAGAUUACGUGAGAAAAGAAAAUUUAUGUACAUG